CAUGCAACUGACGCACCUGUCAUCGAGCGACACGUAGUUUGUUAUUUCUAUCAAAUUGAAAAGACAGAUGAAAUGUCUGCUUGGAUAUGUCAGGCUUUUACAAACUUCUUUUCUCUCUUACCUUUGUUUUAAUUUGAGCCGAGAGCAACGGAACAGAAAAACGGAGUGAUAUUUAGAAACGUUCUUUUUAAGAUUAUAUCUUUAAACUUCUGGGUUUAUAAACCAAUAUUUUCAUUUAAAAAAAUAUAUUCGUAAACGUUAACUAAAGAAACAUCGUGUGUCCGUGUACAUAUAUAUAAAUAUAUAUUCAUAUAUGUGUGUAUAUAUAUGAAUAUAUAUGUAUAUGGAUAUAUAAACGAUUAUGUAAUGUACAUGUAGCAUAUGUUUGCUGUAAUAUAUAUUGUAUGUAAAUAUUUAAAGUAGUGGAGAUGACAGCUGCCGGUUAAAUCGUCCUCAUCUACCUUUUUCUUUUAUCUUCCGUCCAUAUGUAUAAUUAAUUAAUUUCAUCUUCCUCUCAUUAACUUAAACCUUGGUUUUAUCCCCCAAGUACCCAGUACACCUCACUUCAACGGUCAUCUAAUGCCAUCAUCGGAAUUAACUUCUAUUAUUAUACGAUAAUAACAACAGACUUUAUUCUAUGAAACUAUGGCGUCUGCCUUGCUGGCCAGGACGGAAUUCCCGAUCUAUACGAUCCGUGCUUUGGAUGAAAAUCACUUUUUGGUGGCAGGAGGUGGAGGAUCAUCAAAAACAGGAGUCCCCAACGCCUUCGAGAUCUAUGCUGUGAAAUGGGAAGAGGGUAACAUCCAGUCAAGCAGUUUGUCCUACCAUGACACAGGAAGCCAGGCUGUGAUGAACAGUGCCAUCUAUUCGGACGGCAGGAACCACAAAUUAGCAAUCGGAGUUGAUGAUGAUUGCCAAGUUUUUUCUAUCAGGUACAAGGUUGUGGCAGCAAAAGACGAUACAAAGAAAGAAUCCAGCACAAAUGAUGUCAGACAGCGGCGGACAAAACAGACCGACAACAAAGAGGAACCAGUAAAGAAUGGGCCACAGAAAAUGGUAAAUUUUGACAUUGAGAAGAUCAGCAAAUUCCAGAACUCUGCCAAAGUUUCUGAUCAUUUCCAGAAAGUGGUGAAAUUUAGUCCAGAUGGUAAUCUACUCUACACAGGUUCCGAUAAUGGCAUUUUGAGAUGUUGGAUGUAUCAGGAAUCAAAAAAGGUCUUUGAAGUCAGUGCCCACUCGUCAGACAUAGAUGACUUGACCGUUAGUCCUUCAGGGAAGUGGGUUGUGACAGUGUCCAAAGACAAUUUAGGAAUCGUAUGGAAUGCAAAAACUGGUAAAAAACACACGAAAUUAACCUGGCCUUGUAAGACCAAAGAGCAGUAUAGGUUCCGAUGUUGUGAAUUUGGCUGUGUUGAGGGAAAUAAAAACAAAUACAACCUUUACACAUUUGACGACGGCGAUUACCUGGGAGUUGGCAGUAUUUCAGGCAGCAUCAGUGUUUACAUCUCUUUUAGUCUCCAGAGAUUGUACCACGUCCAAGAAUCCCACAGAAUAUUCAUCACUGGCGUUGAAUUCUUACCGGUUUCUAAAUCAAUGCGUGCUGUGACCGGUGCCCACGAUUUCCAGCUCCUUAGUAUUUCCCCUGACCACAUAGUACAGAUACACAAACCACAUACAGGUUACUACGUACGAAUGGAAACUGGACUAGUAAUCAUCGUAUUCGGCACCAUUCUGAUAUUGGCUGCAUUAGUGUUGCUGUUGGAUCAACUUGGAUUGAUCAGCUGAAAGAAAAUAUGGAACUUCGAACGGAACGGCUGACUUUACCUGACAGAAUUACUAUUCAAAGACGAGAUUCUUUAUUUGUGUGCCUUUGGUCUAAUGGUUCACACAGCUCAUCAUACAAUGGUGAUAAAUUCAAGAAGGCAUCAUAUCCUACAGGUAAAACUGUAAGGUAUAGAUUUCAUAAUUAACUCCCACCCCUCAAAGCAGUUGACCUCAGUUAUAUCGGAGAUGAGGACAAAUUUUAAAAAUACCCCGAAUUGUGAGCCCCCUCCCCUUUCUCUUUUGAAUACUCUUUAAGUUUUAAACUAUGAAAUUCCUUUAUAAUGAGUGUGUGUGUGUGUUAUCAUGUACAGACUAUACUAAUAUUUACAUAAAUUAUGUUAAUGUCUUAUAUAAAUUAUGUUUAUGUGUACAUAUAUAUAUAUAUGCAUAUGGAAGUUAUUUCUCUCAAUGUCAAAUACUUGGACUGUCUGUUACCAUCUUCCCUCCAAUUCUGUUGUUUUACACACACAAACCCCAUCUUUCUUUUUGUUUCUUGUAAUUAAUGUUAUUAAAACCAAACCUGACAUAUUGCUCUUA